GUACAGAGCAGUUGCCUCCUGGAGCCGUGUUCAAGGAAUCGGCAUCCCUAUGAUCACUGCUAUUGAAAUUUUCUCCAUUUGGCUUCUGUCCUUUAUACUGGCUAUUCCGGAAGCAAUUGGCUUUGCUGUGGUACCUUUCAAAUACAAGGAUGAAAAUUAUGUUACCUGCAUGCUCAAUCCUACAAAUAAUUUUAUGCUGUGGGAACUGCAGAAGCUGGAGGUUGGAAUUCAUACCAAGGCAUGGUUUAUUGCUGGGAUAUUUCUACUAAUGACUAUCCCCAUUUCUCUCUGGGGAAUACUACAGCACUUGGUUCAUUACACUCAACCUGAAUUACAGAAACCAAUAAUAAGGAUUCUAUGGAUGGUGCCGAUUUACAGCUUAGACAGUUGGAUAGCUUUGAAAUACCCCAACAUUGCAAUAUAUGUGGAUACCUGUCGAGAGUGCUAUGAAGCUUAUGUCAUCUAUAACUUUAUGGUUUUUCUUUCAAAUUAUCUGACCAACCGUUACCCAAACCUGGUAUUAAUAAUAGAAGCCAAAGAUCAGCAGAGACAUCUGCCUCCUCUGUGUUGUUGUCCCUCAUGGGCUAUGGGAGAAGUUCUGUUGUUUAGAUGUAAACUGGGUGUUUUGCAGUACACUGUUGUCAGACCAUUUACUACCAUUAUUGCUUUAAUUUGUGAGCUGGUGGGAGUAUAUGAUGAAGGAAACUUCAGCUUCAACAAUGCUUGGACUUACUUGGUUAUACUUAACAACAUGUCACAGCUAUUUGCUAUGUAUUGUCUAGUGCUGUUUUACAAAGUACUUCGUGAAGAACUGAACCCUAUCCAGCCUGUUGGCAAGUUUCUUUGUGUGAAGAUGGUAGUUUUUGUUUCUUUCUGGCAAGCGGUUCUCAUUGCGCUGCUGGUGAAAGUGGGUGUUAUUUCUGAGAAGCACACCUGGGAAUGGCAAAGCGUGGAAGCUGUGGCUACAGGCCUACAGGAUUUUAUCAUCUGUGUCGAGAUGUUCCUCGCUGCUAUUGCUCAUCACUACAGUUUUUCCUAUAAACCUUAUGUCCAGGAAGCUGAAGAAGGGUCCUGCUUUGACUCCUUUCUUGCAAUGUGGGAUAUUUCUGAUCUAAGAGCAGAUAUAUCAGAACAAGUUCGAAAUGUUGGAAGGACAGUUCUGGGCCAGCCAAGGAAAAUGUUUUUUGCUGAGGACCAUGAACAGAACGAGCAUACAAGUUUACUGUCUUCGUCUACUCAAGAUCCAAUUUCUGAUGCUUCUUCAAUGCCAUCUUCACCCAUGGGUCAUUACCAGGGGUUUGGACACACUGUGACGCCUCUCACAACCCCCACGACAGUCCCUGUGAUUGAUGGUAUUUGUAGCACGGAGGAGGUGCCAGCCCUAGAGCCCAGCUCAUCAGAGAGACCACUGGAUAAAAGCUAAGUUCCCGUCUUUGCGUGUGUCCAGGAGUGUCCUGCACCCUUGCCACACA